AUGCACGAUUUGAACCCGAUCAAUGCUUCACGUACUGGAAGAACGCUAGAUUGGGCCACCCGGAAGAGGAUUCUGGUGACCGCCGGCGACGGACUUGCGUUCAUCCACAAGUUUCCGACGAGGUACCCGCUAGUGCGCGCCAACCUGAAGCCGUCAAACAUUCUGAUCGACGAGCAGGGCAACGGGUGCGUGUCCGAGUGGGGGAUCAUGCGCUUCGCCGCCAACAUCCGCUGCUCGCCGGGUGACCCUUCAGGCUGCUCCUCUGACAGAGGGACCUUCACGGCGGUCACCCCAGCGAGUCAGAGGUACCUGGCGCCGGAGCUGGCGAGCGGGAAGGAGCAGGCUACGCAGGAGUCCGACGUCUACAGCUUCUGUAUGAUGAUACAGAAAGUGGCGACGGAUAAGGAAAUGGAGGACGGAGAAAUUCAGGAAGAGGAGAUCAGCGGGAUGGUGAAAAUUGCGCUGUUGUGUACGGCGGGGAGGACAGAGAGAAGACCCGAGAUGAGUCAAGUUGUGAGAAUGAUGGGCGAGUUCUUGUGA